CUUACGCAUAAACGUACGCAGGUUGGCGGGAAAAGAGCUCGCAUAGCGUCAGAGUGCGUCGUAAAAGGGUUUCAUAUUUCCUUAUUUUUAUACAUUUCUAAGGUACAAAAAUGGCACCAAGAAGUUCUCGAGAUUAUGCAAAAGAUAAGGAUGAGUUAAAAACAUUUUUCACCGAGUUCGUGAAAAUGGAUGACAAAACGGGUGAAAAAACUUUCAAGUAUCGCCAACAAUUGACCAAAAUUGCUCACAGAGAACAAGUGGCCUUCAACAUUAACCUCGAUGAUGUUCAGGAGUUUGACGAUGAGUUGGCACAGGCGAUUGUCAACAAUACCAGACGAUACACGAAUCUCGUUUUGGAAUUAGUACAAGAAAUCCUGCCAGACUUUAAAGAACGUCCGGUUGUAGCAAAAGAUGCUCUAGACAUAUACAUAGAGCACAGACUGCUAAUGGAUUCAAGAAACCGACAUCCUGGAGAUCAAAGAGAUCCAAGAAACAGAUAUGCUCCUGAGCUCAUGCGGAGAUUCGAAGUUUAUUUCCACGAUUUUGAUGCUGGGAAAGCCCUUUCCGUGAGGGACAUAAAAGCUGAGAAAAUUGGUAAGCUGGUUACCGUGCGGGGGAUCGUUACCAGGACAACGGAAGUAAUGCCCCUCGUCGUAGUAGCAACUUACACUUGCGAUCAGUGCGGAGCAGAAACCUAUCAGCCUGUACAAUCCAUGACCUUUAUGCCUCAACAAUCUUGUCCCAGUGACGAUUGUAGGGUUAACAAAUCCGGUGGAAGAUUGUACAUGCAAACAAAAGGCUCAAAAUUCAUGAAGUUCCAGGAAGUAAAACUACAAGAACACAGCGAUCAAGUACCGGUCGGCCACAUGCCACGGUCUCUAACCAUUUAUUGUCGCGGAGAAGUAACCCGGCAAUGUUUACCCGGUGAUCAUGUUAUUGUGACUGGAAUAUUUUUACCAAUGAUGAAAUCUGGUUUCAAUCCUAAAGCCGGUGGAGCCCUUCUCAGCGAAACGUAUCUCGAUGCUCACCGAAUCGCGACUUUGACGAACAUGGAAACGAUAGACGAGGAUGAGCAAUUGACGGCGGAAGAUUUGCAAAGGUUGGCGAGCGAGGAUAAUUUUUACACGAAAUUGGCGGUAUCUCUAGCGCCAGAAAUCUACGGUUUGGAGGACGUGAAAAAAGCACUAUUGCUGUUGUUAGUGGGUGGGGUCGAUCGUAAGCGAGAGGACAUAAAAAUCCGUGGUAACAUAAACAUAUGUUUGAUGGGAGAUCCAGGAGUGGCGAAAUCGCAGCUUCUGAGUUUCAUAACUCGUUUGGCGCCUCGAUCACAAUACACGACCGGUCGAGGUUCUUCAGGAGUUGGUUUGACAGCAGCAGUGUUGAAGGAUCCUCUAACCGGGCAAAUGAUGCUGGAGGGUGGAGCUUUGGUUCUGGCCGAUCAGGGAGUUUGCUGCAUCGACGAGUUCGAUAAAAUGGCAGACGCAGAUAGAACCGCAAUUCACGAGGUGAUGGAGCAGCAGACGAUUUCUAUCGCGAAAGCUGGAAUAAUGACGCGCUUGAACGCGCGAGUAUCGAUACUCGCGGCUGCCAAUCCCGCCUAUGGACGAUACAAUCCGAAAAGAUCGAUCGAACAAAAUAUUCAGUUGCCUCCGGCUCUUCUCUCCCGUUUCGAUUUGCUCUGGUUGAUCCAAGACCGCGCCGAUCGCGACAACGAUCUUCGACUCGCCCAACAUAUCACCUACGUCCAUCGUCACGGAGCGCAACCUCCAACCAAAGUCGAAGCUCUCGACAUGAAUCUCAUUCGACGCUACAUUGCUCUUUGUAAACAGAGAGAACCCUCCAUUCCUGCUGAACUCACUGAACACAUUGUCGAUUCAUACGUCGAGCUUCGAAAAGAGUCGAGAAAUAGUCGCGACAAAACUUUCACGUCGGCCCGAAACCUGCUCGCCAUUGUCCGUCUUGCCACUGCCCUUGCUCGGCUUCGGCUCUCGGAUCUCGUUGACAAAGAAGACAUCGAUGAGGCCAACCGCCUCAUCGCAAUGUCCAAACAUUCCAUCAAUUAUUCUGAUCUCCCGAGCGUCGACAGAACUCAAACUCCCAGCGAUAAAAUCAUUCAGCUCAUCCGGAACAUUGCCGGUGGUGCCAAAGUCGUCAAAGUCUCAGAAAUUUUGGAACGGUGCACUCAAAAAGGAUUCAAACCCGACCAAAUCAUCGAUUGCAUCGAGGAAUACGAGGAACUCAACGUUUGGCAGGUCAAUCAGGCCAGAACUCAAAUUACUUUUAUGUAAAUAAUAUUUUUUUUUAAUGCAUUAUUCAUUGACUUGACUAUUUAUUUUUAUGGUCCGAGGUUCUUGUUACUUCCACAUACUCUCCCACAAUUGAGCUGCGUUAAUAAAUGGAUUUACAUUUUUCUUUACCAUCA